AAACUAUCAAUCAAAAUCUUAUAGAAAAAAUUGUACAAAAAUAUGCGUUAAACUUAUCACCAGGUUAUAAAGUUAAAAGUGGUGAUUUUGUAACUAUUCAACCAGAACAUGUAAUGACUCAUGAUAAUACUGCUGCUGUAAUUACAAAACAAGCAGUAUUUACUUUAGAUCAUGAUGUACAAAAUAAAUCCGAGAAGAAUUUAGCAAAAUACAGAUCGAUCGAAAAUUUUGCAAAUCUUCAUAACGUAGAUUUUUAUCCUGCAGGAAGGGGAAUUGGACAUCAAAUACUUAUUGAAGAAGGUUAUGCCUUCCCAAAUACUUUAACAGUAGCAUCCGAUUCACAUUCUAAUAUGUACGGUGGAAUUGGAUGUUUGGGAACACCAAUAGUUCGAACAGAUGCUGCAGCAUUAUGGGCAACUGGGAGAACUUGGUGGCAAAUUCCUCCUGUAGUAAAAGUAGAACUCAAAGGAGAUUUGCCUGAUGAGGUGACGGGCAAAGAUAUUAUAAUUACUUUAUGUGGAAUGUUUAACAAUGAUGAAGUUUUAAAUUGUGCAAUAGAAUUUACAGGUGAAGGAAUCCGUGGACUUUGUUUAUCGGAACGACUAGCUAUUGCUAAUAUGACAACUGAAUGGGGUGCAUUAGCUGGAGUUUUUCCAGUUGAUGAAAUUACUAUUCAAUGGCUUCGUAAUAGAGUCGAAAGGUUGGAAAUUACGAGAUUUGAAAAUAAAAAUUUAGUACCUACACCUCCCGGGCAACCAUUCAAAAAUCCUAGAAUAAAUCAUGAAAGAAUUGAUGAAAUUGAAAAUAAUCCUUUACAUGCUUCACCUGGAGCUUAUUAUUCUAAAUAUCUAUCAUUAGAUCUUUCAACACUUUCUCCUCAUAUUUCUGGUCCUAAUUCUGUUAAAGUUUCAACACCUCUUGUUGAACUUGAGAAACAAGAUAUUGAAAUUCAAAAAGCAUACCUUGUUUCAUGUGUCAAUUCGCGUGUUGAAGAUUUACGUGCUGCAGCACGAGUAAUUAAGGGUAAAAAAAUAGCAGAUGGGGUUGAAUUUUAUGUAGCGGCCGCAAGUAGUGAAGUACAAAAAGAUGCAGAAACAAAUGGUGAUUGGCAAGCAUUAAUUGAUGCAGGGGCAAAAAUAUUACCUGCUGGUUGCGGACCAUGUAUUGGUCUUGGUGUAGGUCUUUUGAAAGAUGGCGAAGUUGGAAUUUCUGCAACUAACCGAAAUUUUAAGGGUCGAAUGGGCUCACCGAAUGCGUUAGCCUAUCUUGCAUCUCCAGCUAUUGUUGCUGCUUCUGCAGUAGCUGGUAAAAUCGCAAGUCCAGCCUUCCUAUCCACAUCGUUUUCGUCUCGUCAAAAACAACAAAUUCCAAUUAUAACUUAUGAAGUUGAUCAGUCUAAACAAAGUUCUGUAGCAUCAUCAUUUAUAACAUCUACAAUUCCUGGAUUUCCAGAGACAUUUAAAGGAGAAUUGAUAUUUUGUCAUGCGGAUAAUUUAAAUACUGAUGGAAUUUACCCUGGAAAAUAUACUUAUGUUGAUGAUCUCACACCAGAACAAAUGGCUAAAGUAGUUAUGGAAAAUUAUGAUCCUAAAUUUGCAAAUUUGGUUUCCAAGGGAGAUAUUUUAGUUUGUGGAUUUAAUUUUGGUACUGGAUCAUCGAGAGAACAAGCCGCCACUGCAAUCAAAGCAAGUGGUGUUACUAUUGUCAUUGCUGGAUCGUUUUCUGAAACAUUCAAAAGAAAUUCCAUUAAUAAUGCUUUACUUUGUCUUGAAGCACCUGAUCUUGUGCGUUUAUUAAAAGAAAAAUAUAAUUCAAAAGAAUUAACAACACGUACAAAAUUGGAUGCCGAAAUUAAAGUAGCAGAAGGUAUUAUGAUAAUUAAAGGGUUAAAUGAAUCACAAACUGUAUUUAAUGUUGGUGUUUUAGGGAAAAGUGUACAAGAAUUAUGGGUAGCUAAUGGAUUAGAAAAUUGGUAUUUACAGAAUCGUACACGUAAUCAUGCAGUAGCGGAAUUGGAUCGUGAAUCAAUGAUGGUUGAUGAAACAUCCCCAAAUAGGAAGUCAAAAAAUAAGUCUACAAUUAUGAUAAAUUCCCUACUUGCAAUACUACUUGUUAUCAACACCAGUCGAGGACACCAAUUCGUUUUUAAUUAUCCCAAGGUUCCUCAAAGGCGCGAUGAAAUUGACCAAGUUAGAAAAGAAAAUGAAGUUGGAAACGAUUUACUUGAAAACGAUGUAAUAACGUGGCCCUAUGGUGCAACUGAGGACGUUGACAAAUGGUCUCUUCGUUCACGAAUUGAAGAAGAGGAGGAGUAUAAUAUUAAUUCAAACAAACAGGUUAAUAAUAGUACCGGAAACGAUGACAUUGAACGCAAUGAAAUAUUUAAUAAAUUAUUUGGAUUUGAAACUUGGUUAUUGGCAAAUAUUCUCUGUCCUAAAAAUAAUGGGUUGACAAAAUUCCAACUUUCAAUUGAUGAUCUGACUUUUGUUGGGCAACCAGUUUUUCUUAAAACGGAAGUUGAUACCAAAGAGAGAGAAACUUAUUGUAGAGAAAGAAAAAAGAAUGAUGAUUUUGAUAACGGUAAUGGUAUAGAUUUAAAUGAAGAAGGAUUGCAAGAACAGUUAUCUAGACUUGGUUGUUCUGAUGCGUCAAAUGAAGAAAUGCCUACUCAAAUAUCUUCUAAUGUUGCAUCCGAUAAUAGCAACUCUUCUUCGAAUCAUUCUAUUCAACGACAUCUACACUUUUUCUUUCAUCUUGUGUUUGUUCUUGAACCACCUGAAUUGGAUUUAUGUAGACAAGUAGAUGAUAUUUACAAAAAUGUUAUUACAAAAUUAACUGAAGCACUUCGAUAUGAACAAUUACGAUGUGACUUUGUCAGGAAAGAAGCUGAAUUAAUAAUAUCUUUAAGAGAAAAUCCUGGUGUAUCUACCCCGGAAAAAUUAAUGGAAAUUAUAUUGGAAAAAAGUUCGUUAGCACGAUCUAUUUGCAAAGUGUAUGAUGCAAUUUCAACUGACAAUAUUGCACAUAUACUUAUAAAUGACUACAUUGAUUUAUCCUUACAAAUUCCUCCACUUUCUCCGACCAUUAAUCCUUCUGAUAAUACUGAUAAUGACAUGAUUAGAUAUGAGUAUGCUCAUUAUCCCGUUAUUGCUCCAUAUCAUACUCUGCUGCUUCUGGAAGAUCCAGAAGAAAUUCUUAAAAAUAUGCCAUUAGAUGCUAAUCCAACAUUGGUUCAGUUGGUACAGAUUUUGACCCCUACACAACGAUUGGCCGACUUAUGUACUGUGUUAGAUUGUUCUUUGGCACAGAUAUUUCGAAUUGCGGCACAUUUGAUAUAUUGGCAAAAAGCGAAGAUAAUCGAUGUUAUUAGUGUUCGAAAUGUCUAUGUUGUUUCUCCUACCGCGGAUAUGAACUCGUUACCAAUUUAUAUUGAAUAUUUCAAACAACACUUUCCUGCUCUGGACCUUGUGACAAUUCUUGCAUCACUCUCCACUCCUAAGCCAUACUUUAUAAAUGCUAUCACGUCCAAAGAGAAUCGCACCAUGUAUCUCGAGGCUAUAACUUACUUGUUGAGAAAAGACCUUGUUGUACAAUUACACGCAUAUAUUUUAAUCAUGAUACCACAAUAUAUAAAGAAUGGAUUUACUCGGGCAGAGUAUGAGGAAAAAUUGAGAAAUUCCGGAAACAGCGAAGGUUAUGAUCAUACAGCUGUUGAUAUAUCUGUUCCCUCCUCUUCGGCAGACGGAAGAGGAAUUUGUAAUUCGGCAAGCUCAAUGGAUGCUACCGCUUUAAUUUCCCCUUUUGAAAAGGCAUCAGACAGUGAAAGGGAAUGGUUAUAUAACUUCGUAACAAAUCAUCCUAAAGAAACCGUUACACUUUUCGAGAGAUUAAUCAAAUAUUUCAAUGGAAAACAUCAUGUUGAAGAAAUUCUCUUUCGUGAAACUAUAAAACCGAGAGAUUUAGGUAAAGUAUUAGGUCUGUUUAGCAAAGACGAAUUGAUUACAGUUUGGUGUUAA